GUUUGUUUUGUUUCUUGUGGCGUCCACAUGCCCGAGAGAAGAAAGUGAACAAUGACAGUGAAGAAGAUAUAGCCACGCAUAAUGUUUGAAAAUAAUCCUUUUGGAACAGUAUCUGCUUUUGCAGGAAACACAACUGAUUUUGGUGCUGAACCUGCAACUAAUAAUGUUUUUGGAGCAUCUACAUUAGCUGUUUCUACUCCAAACACAGAAGGACUGUUUGAAACAUCCACACCUCUCUUUUUGAAACAUCCUACCUCUGGCACUGGUUUGUUUGGCCAACCGUCUACAGGUUUUGGAGCUCCUGCAUCUAUAAGCACUAACACUUUAGACACAACUGCUUUUGGUGUCAAACCUGCAACUAGUUAUGUUUUUGGAGCAUCUACAUUUGGUGUUUCUACUCCAAACACAGGAGGACAGUUUAGAACAUCCACACCUACCUCUGGCACUGGUUUGUUUGGCCAACCAGAUUUUGGAGCUCUUGCAUCUAUAAGCACUAACACUUUUGAUUUUGAGGUGACUAAUCCAAGUGCUUCAAGUUUUAAUUUUGGAACGGCUAAUCAAAUGCCUGGAAGCUUUCCAAAAUAUGAAACAAGAUGGAAAACAUGGAGGAGACGACGAAACAGCUGUCAAGCUUCCAAUUUUAGUCGAAUUCGUUCAAAGCAUUUCGCUGAGAUUUGUUCUAAUCGGCCAAAAUUUAGAACUACAUGUCUAAAACCAAAUGUUAGACCUGCCAUAUUUAGUUUCCCUGCUCACUCAGAAAGAGGAAACCAGAGAGAGAAGUCUGAAAUCAAAAUUGAAGUUACAGAAGAAAAUUUGCCAAUCGAAACAGAAUUUACAGGCGGAGACUCCGCAAUCAAAACAGAAAUUAUGGAAGACUCAUUCCCAAUCAUUACAGAAGAAGCUUUCCCAAUCAUAACAAAUGAUACACAACAGGGAAGUGGUAGUGGAGCAAUGUUUCAUCCACCAUCAACAUCAAAUCGCAAUUCCGAAAAUUUGGAAGGACCACCUCCCGAGAGAUGUCGGCACGAGUCGGAAUCCUCUUCGGAAUCGGACGAAGACGUGGCAUUGGACGGUGGCAGGGACUGGCUGAUGGAGAUGCUGGAUGGAGGAGGGUGGACCACAUAUGGCACAGACAGAGGGUGCAUCACAGUGGCCGCAAACGGAGGGUCCAUCCAACUGGCCACAGAUGAAGGGUACAUCACACUGGUCCCAGACGAGUCAGACGAGAUGGAAGAGAUGCCCCUCGACCUGACUGUCCGUUGAGGGAAUGAGGCAGCAGCAGCAGAGGUGCUGCUGAAUGCCUAUAACACCUGGCCCCUCCCCUGCCCUUGACAUCAUUCUUGCAUGGUCAUCAUCCUCCCGUGAAUGGCUUUCGAUGACAUGCAAUCCGUGCCUUUGAAUGCAAGACUCAGAGAUGCCCGUAAAGUGCCUCACAGUGGUUCAUCCCAUUUUCGGUAUUGACAUCAACCGUCCACUUUUUGAUGUUAACCUUAUUACUCAUUCACUAUAGACUUUUCUUAUGAGGACAAAAGUAGACGGCUUCUCCAUUAACCACCUUCCGUGUGAACAUUUUCUGUCGGAAAGUACCGUUCCUUUCACAUGUAAGAAUCUCUUUGUUUGUGAAUGUGAAAAGUGCAAACAGUGGACAAAAAUAUUUUGAUGAACCUUUAAUGUUGGAUAUGUGGUUUCGAUCAUUUUAUAUAAAAAUGUUAUAAACAUUAUUUUUUAUAUGUAUCUAAGGCUACUUAUAAAGCUACACAGUAAAAUGGAUCA